AUGGCGACAUUCUUCUUCUCGUCGCCCGUGGAUGUCGACGUCAAGUUGGACGGUGAAGACGAGCGCAAGAAGGUCGACGUGAAGCUUGAGAAGGAACGAAUCGUGUCAUGUCCAGUCUACUACGACGGAGACGCUGUCACAGGCCAGGCGCGUUCUAUGGGGGAGGCCGUGACUGUACGCGUACGAGAUGGGAAGAGACUCGCGCAUGAUGGUAUUAAGGUGGAGUUCAUCGGCAGCAUUGAGCUGUUCUACGACCGCGGCCACCAUCACGAAUUCCUUUCAUUAUCGCAAGAGCUUGCGGCGCCCGGGGAGAUGCGCGCUGCACAGACAUUCGACUUUCUCUUCAAGAACGUCGAGAAGCAGUACGAGAGCUAUCAGGGCAUCAACGUGAAGCUCAGGUACUUCAUACGCGUCACCAUCUCGCGACGAAUAGCGGACGUCACGAAGGAGCGGGAAAUAUGGGUGCACUCGUACCGCAUGCCGCCCGACAGCAAUAACUCAAUCAAGAUGGAGGUCGGCAUCGAGGACUGUCUGCACAUCGAGUUUGAAUACAACAAGUCUAAAUACCAUCUCAAGGAUGUCAUCGUCGGCAAGAUCUACUUCUUGCUAGUGCGAAUAAAGAUCAAGCACAUGGAGCUCUCCAUCAUCCGCCGCGAGACAACCGGUGCACCACCGAACCAGUACAACGAGAGCGAGACGAUCACCAAGUUCGAGAUCAUGGAUGGCGCGCCUGUGCGGGGGGAGACGAUACCUAUCCGCCUGUUUCUCGGGGGCUUCGAGCUGACGCCGACGUUCCGAGAGGUGAACAAGAAGUUCAGCGUAAGAUACUACCUCAAUCUAGUCCUCAUCGACGAGGAGAACCGAAGAUACUUCAAGCAGCAGGUCAGUUCAGUCCUCAAAGUAACUACGGUCUGCAGGGAUGGUAGCAGGGGCCGGUCUCUCGGCGGGGCUCGAGUUCCGUGA